CGGACCACUUUCCCUCAUCCAAGGAGUCCAUCCUUAUUCCAGUUGGGCUUCCCUUCCAGCCGCAUGUAGUGUGAAGACUUUUUCCCCUUUCCUCUGUUUCCCGUCCUGAGAGGAAGGAGGGGGAGAGAGGCCAGGCCCAGGAGAUGAUAAGGCUUCAGCCCCCGGCCCGGCCCAGACCACGUCUGUGUUUCUCGAGGUGCUGGCUUGGAGAGCCCCAGCCUAAGGGGGGUGGGCGGGGUGCUGUCAGGAUUGCGACCUCUGGAGGCACUUGAGGAAAGAACCCCUUGUAAAGCCUGCUACAUAUUUUCUUGUUCCAGCCACUGACCGCCCUCCACUACCAGCCUCUGCAGGUCAUUGCUGUAUCUUUGCCUCCCCUUACCCCUUUGGUUGCUGGGGGAGCAAAGCUCAGGACUAGCGUCCUAACUGCCAGCCUGAGUCUCAGUGACUUCCGGAAGAACAGCCUAGGAUGCUGGUGUCAUUAGUUAGAAGCAUCUGCUGAAAGAUUGGGAGCAGAAGAAGGUGUCUACUCCGAGCCAGACCAACUGUAACACAGAGUCAACAGCCGCCCUGGAGGAGGCCAAGCUCUCACCUUGGGCCAUGCAGAGGGACACAGUGGUGGACUGGACAGACAAGACACAUUCUUAUAGGAAGAAGACAGAUGGUAAAUGACCCCUGGUGCUCCUGGGAGCCCCCCAACACCCCCUGAGCCUCAUGACCCUGGCAGUGCCCUGCCCCUGACGCCCCGGAUAGAGAGCCACUCAGAGGAGGAAGAUCCCACCGGGGCUGGCAGUGGCCUGGGCUGGAUCAGCAGGGGCUCCCGGACCCAGAACCCCGGGGGCAGCUCGGUGGAAGCCGUGCUGGGCCGGAAGAAGCACCGCCGGAGGCCUUCCAAGCGCAAACGCCACUGGCGGCCCUACCUGGAGUUGAGCUGGGCCGAGAAGCAGCAGCGGGAUGAGAGGCAGAGCCAGAGGGCCUCCCGGGUGCGCGAGGAGAUGUUUGCCAAAGGCCAGCCCGUGGCGCCCUACAACACCACCCAGUUUCUGAUGAACGACCGCGACCCUGAGGAGCCAGACUUGGAGGUGCCCCACGGGGCCUCCCACCCAGGCUCCAGCGGGGAGAGCGAGGCCGGGGAAGGCGACGGCCGGGGCCGCGCUCACGGCGAGUUCCAGCAGAGGGAUUUCUCCGAGGCCUAUGAGCGCUACCACACGGAGAGCUUGCAGGGUCGCAGCAAGCAGGAGCUGGUUCGAGACUACCUAGAUCUGGAGAGGCGGCUGUCUCAGGCCGAGGAGGAGACCCGGAGGCUGCAGCAGCUGCAGGGGUGCUCCGGCCGGCAGCCCUGCCGCCAGGUGGAGGAGCUGGCUGCCGAGGUCCAGAGGCUCCGGACAGAGAACCAGCGGCUUCGGCAGGAGAACGCCAGGUGGAACCGAGAGGGCGGCGGCCCCGGUGGGGGGCCAGGCACCUAGUGGGGGGACAUCCCCCCCACCCCCGCGCCAGGAUCAGGUCCCGUUUCAGUACACGCUGGGGCCAGCUGGGGCUCCGGGAGGCAGGUGACAGAUGAAAACCACUUUCGGCCCCUCUGUGGCCUCUGAGAACAGCGAAAGUAUGUUCAGCCUUCCACCUGGUCAUUUCUGUAAUUUGGUCUUUGAUGUCUUCUUAUUUUUCAAAAAAAAAUUAAAGGAUUUUCACGAGCCCA